AUGCCAUUGAAAAUUAUCGGUGCCGGUUUCGGGCGUACAGGAACUGAAAGCGAAGCUAUUUAUAAAGAAUCAAACGAAUGUCCAGGUGGUCUUGCAUGGAACAAAAGAGGUACGACAGUCAUUGGCAAUGGUAUAGGUUCAGGUCCAGAUCAAUUAUAUCUACCUAAUGGUAUAUUUAUCGAACCGAAAACACAUAUCUUAUACGUUGCUGAUGUGUCCAAUAGCCGCAUUCAAAAACGUUAUCCGAGUGGUGAUAUAGAAACAGCUCCGGAUCAAGCGAAUGGUACCAGUGGCAAAGCACCAAAUAUGCUAUCAGGUCCAGCAGAUAUCUUCGCGGAUGAAAAUGAAAAUAUCUUCAUCGCUGAUUGGGGGAAUGGUAGUCGUGGUCCAGCAUUAAAUCAAUUUAGUUUUCCCAGUACAGUUUUCUUUGAUUUCAAGAAAAAUAUAAUAGUUAGUGAUUAUGAAAAUCAACGCGUAACCCAAUGGUCAUUCUCUUUUGAUCCAAAAAAAUCGAUUGGAACAAUCAUAGCUGGUGGUAAUGGUGCUGGUCUCAAUCCAUAUCAAUUGAAUGGUCCAACUGGUUUAUAUUACGAUGAACAAAAUCAAAUUUUGUACUUAUCGAAUGAACAAUCGCAUUCAAUAACACAAUGGGUUCUUGGAGACUAUGAACCUCGUAAUAUUUAUGCUGGUAUAACUGGAAGACCUGGAAAUAGUGCAGCACAAUUAUUUUAUCCAGAAGGCAUAACUCUUGAUAAAUAUGGUAAUUUAUAUGUUACUGAUACUUCUAAUCAUCGAAUACAAAUGUUUUGUCCAGAUGCUAUACUAGGCAUUACAAUUGCAGGUUAUGUGUGA